CUUUUUUUACGGAAUCUCAAAUAAAUCCCAUGGAUUCAGUGCACCCCUUAGUUGGCAAAUUUUUUUGACCGAUCGAUCUAGCCAUCCAAAGUUCAGCUGACAGUGCACCGGACUCCAUCCCGCCGGCAGUCGCAGGCGUUUUCAAGUUUUCUGCUCGAGGCUUCCAAUUUUGAUUAGUUAUUUUGGUUCUUACAAUUUGGUCCAUUUCUCAGUUCCCAUUUCAGGAAGGGGCUACAUCUAAACAAGAAAUCUGUGAAGGAAGAAAGAGGUACAGAAAAAAUGCAUGGGAUAUACCGUAAAACCCCAAGUCAAGAAGAGCAAGAAGCUUCAGCCCUAAAAGCCAUUGAACUUCGUGAUCUCCAAUCUCAGUUCCUUCACCUACAUCACAAUAAAAUAUAUACAAAAGAAGCUUUAGAAACAAGUGCAAAGCUGUUAGAAGUGAAUCCAGAGCAUUAUACUGGUUGGAAUUACCGAAAACUUGCCGUACAACACUUUCUUAAUCACCAGUCAGAGACUGAAGCUGAUUCCGAGUCCAUCCAAUCAGUUCUAAAUGAGGAAUUGAAAGUUGUAGAAAAUGCAUUGAAGAAGAAUUUUAAGUCUUAUGGUGCUUGGUAUCAUCGUAAAUGGGUUCUGAGCAAGGGGCAUUCUUCCACGGACAACGAAUUGCGUCUUCUGGGCAAGUUUCAGAAGUUGGACUCCCGGAAUUUCAAUGCCUGGAACUACAGGAGGUUCAUAACGAUGUUAAAGAAGAUAUCAGAUGAAGAGGAACUGCAAUACACUACAGAUAUGAUAUACGAUAAUUUUAGCAAUUAUUCUGCCUGGCAUAACAGAAGUGUGCUUUUGUCUCAUCUAUUCAAGAAAAGAGGAGAAAGACAGAGUCACAAAGAGAGUGUUUUGGAAGAGGAAUUUGAAUUUGUACGUAAUGCUCUAUUUACAGACCCGGAUGAUCAAAGCGGUUGGUUUUAUCAUCUUUGGCUUCUGGAUCAAACAGUUAAACUGGAACCUUUCCUACUUUCUUCGUGGCCUCCUCAUGGCUCUAGUAGAUCAGUUGAUUACUUAGAUGGUUGUAAUUUAUUUCCAAGCAUGCAUUCCCAGUCUAAAGAUAGAAUGUUUCCACUCGUACUAUAUUUCAGCGAACCAGUUGAAGGUGUAAACUCUUCUACCGUCACCAUUGAAUGUGAAUACUAUGCUAAUGAGGAUGUUAUUUGGAGACCACUUUCAGCAAAUAAAUUUGGUUUUGCCCAAGUAUGGUUAACUUACCUAAAUUUACCUGAUGAAGUGCACUCUCUAAAGGAUUGCCAUUUAAAAGUUUUCGUAGCCCAGUUUCCGGGUAUCGUUUCAUCGAGUGGUUUCUCCUGUAGUCAGACUUCGCAUAUAGUGUUCUCACUGUGUGUACCUUCCCAUGAUCGGGAACAUGCAGAGGGGCAGACCGUACCGAGAUUUUCAUGGAAAGAUAAAGAAUUUUACUCACAUGCUACACAAUCUCAUGAUGCAAGCUUGCUACGCUCACUUCAUCAAUUAAAAAUCGCCGAGGAGAGUAAAUCAAAGGCUGCUUCUGAUUGGAGUAUGAAGAUUAUAUCCAAUGAAAUUGCUCACUGUCGGGAACUAUUGUCAUCAACAAACUGUAAAAUUGGGAAACUGACUCUUGCAAGACUGCUGAUGGCACAAAACAAAUUGAUCUCAUAUGGUAUUCCAAAUGAUGGAAUUGAGGUCCAUUACGAAGAAAUUCUUGGACUGUAUCAUGAUUUGAUGAAGUUGGACCCUGUACACAUUUGUUACUAUGAGGAUGAGUCCAGCUUAGUCCUAUUAAAACAGGUGACUUCCAGUAUGGAAUCUAUUCUGAGAUACUGCUAUCAAUAUGGAGAUUCAACUUCACCAAGAAUGUAUUCUUGUUUAUGUUUACGGCUCAAUGGCCUUUUGUUAUCGCAAAUUGGGAGUGUCGAGCGAUUAUUGUGGAUUCAAAUUUUAGAUCUCAGCCACAACAAAAUCCGAUCAAUUGAAGGAUUGGAGGCUCUGCAAUUGCUUUCUUGCUUGAACCUUAGCAACAAUAAAAUUUGCAGUUUUACUGCAUUGGAUCCCUUGAGAAGCUUGAAAUCAUUGAAGGUAUUAAACAUUUCAUACAAUGAGAUUGGUGCUCACGCUGUCAACACAAGAAGGUAUUUAUGCUCGUCUCCCAUGACACACACCGUCGAAAAUGAUUGGAAUUUCAAGGAAUUUACGAAUUCAGGUGUCAAGUUGAAUAAUCACUGGGACGUGUUUUUUAUUUUCCGAGACUUGAAUUUGAUACAAUUAGAUAUAAUGGGAAAUGCAGUUGUUAAUGAUCAGUUGAAAUCAUUUCUGUUUAAGUUAAUGCCAUCACUGAAGUGGCUUGAUGGUGAGAAUCGUAAUUAGGUUUUACUUAAAAAUGAUGCAGGUUGAAUUCUGUUUAUAUGGGUUUCAUUUUCUUCCAUUCUAUAGUGCACAUGCUGCAUUCUUGGAUGUAUUUACCUAAAAACCCUGUUUCUGCAUUAACUUUGAUGGUGAUAAUUGCUUGUAUUUUAUUAAAAUUUUUGAAAUUUUAUUCAA